CCCAGAAUCCUCUGUGUCCAGCUGAUCUACAGGUGCCGUUAACGCUCGGAGCGCUGGGUCCUGGUUACUACUACUUCUACCAGGCCGGAGAAGAUGGGGUGCUGCUUUAGUAAGGAGCUGAACCCCGGCCUGCAGACCGAGAGGAGCGGUCUGUUACAGCCCCCGAUGCACGACGGGCUCAGCGAGGUGACGGACCGGGUCAGGCAGCACGCUGUGGCCGUGACUCAGCAUGUGAGCCUGGACGAAGAGGACACAUGCGUAGCAGACAAACAGGCUCAGAGGAAGCCUCUGGAAGAGGAGGAGGGAUGUCACCAACUGGACAACAAAGUUCAGACAGAGGCUGGAAGGGACAGCAGCAAGAGGGAUCUUCAACCAGCCGGCCCUCAGGAGGAGGACGAGGCUAUUAUUAACACAACCGGCACAAACACACUUAGAAAGACGGACACGGAGCCAGGCAGGACUGCUAGGCCCAGCUGUGGACCGGCUCCCUACAUGGAGGUGCCCACGCGGAGUCCAGCCAAACAGAGGAUUUUGGAGAACGCCACACUCAGGGCUCUGUGGUUCAACCAGCUCCCGGACGGCCAGAAGCACAAACCGGCAAAAUGCGUGUCCGCUCCGGCCAGGUUACCCUCCGGCUCUGCCAACUGCCAGGGCGGCGCCACGGAGAGCGAGGCGUCCGGCGACCAGCGCGAGGAGGAGGAAGGUGAGGAGGUCUGUGUCGGCACGGCGGCCCUGUGUCAGACCAGGACCCGGAGCUUCUACAGCAUAUGUUCCAUCGACGCCGACGACCUUGAACACGACCACGACCACGACCACGACCAAUCCCAAACAGCUGGAGCGAAGCACUCCCUGCUCACAGCUGAAGUAGGAACAGCUGCUCUGCCCUGCAUAGCAGAGUCUCCGGUCUCCAGCCAAUCACACACAGAGGCAUCCGCACUCCGUGACCACAUGUAUGUCACAGAAUCUAAAACAGCCAGCAAGUCACGUGAUGAGGAACCGGCUUCAGCGCGGUCUUCCUCCCACACUCAGACCAGCGUAGCUCAUCCUGACGGGUCUCAGCUGGUGGACUCUCCGUGUGACCCUCUGACCCCGUCCGGCGGUCUAAUAACCAGAGAGGAACCUCCGGCGUCUCUACCCGGCACUCAGCCUGAAGUUCUGAAUGGCCAGACAGCUGCAGAGGAAGAAGAUGAAUCAAAGGAUUACAUGUUGAUGACGUCACACACGGAUCAAAGUGCAGGCGUGGAGGAGGGCGAUGAACCUGUGCAGGCUGAGGCAGUGGACCAAUCAGAGCGCAGAGAGAGUGUGUGUUUAGUGGGACAGAGUGUGUACUAUGGGGACCACGGAGCAGCAGAGGAAACAGGGGCGGACUUCCAGGAGGAAGAGUUGGAUCCGGACUUUAAUCUUCUGGAUCAUCUGCGUCCGUCUGACCCGUUAACGGAGCAGCUCAGAUCACCACCGCCGGCUGAAGCUCCUGAACUGGAUAUUUACACCCCGAGUCCUUCAGAGCUCGACCUCAACCCUGAACCACCGAGCAGGGAGGAGCUUGUUUCUCCUCCGUCCGGAGGACAGACUGAGGUGGACACUUCCUCCCUGCAGAGCGAGGCGAUCCCUGUGAGCGUCAGAGUCCACAGCGAGGAGGCUGACGUCUGUGACAGCGGGACGGCAGAGACCACUCUCACCUCUGUGUCCUCCAUGUCCUCCGUGUCCUCGGUGUCCACCAUCUCCGCCGUGUCCUCACUGCCCAUUGAACUCACCGCCUUCUCCUCUCACACCAAUCUAACUCCUCUCUCAGACCUGAGAAACACGUCUGACCACUGUGCCUCCGUCACGUCUGACCACUGUGCCUCCGUCACGUCUGACCACUGUGCCUCCGUCACGUCUGACCACUGUGCCUCCGUCACAUCUGACCACUGUGCCUCCGUCACAUCCGACCACUUAGAUGUCAAUUCAAACUAUCCAGCGUUUAAGCUGAGCAGCGUUGAGCCUCCCAGUGACGACGCUGAGGCUCCGUUCACUGACUCUGAGCUCAGGGAGGACAGAAUGGACGACGGUUCUGAUGUGAGAACUGAAGUUGCCGUGGCGUCUGACGAGCCCUGUCAGUGUGACCUCAUGAGUGGAGACGACAGACAGGCGAUGGAAAAAGCAAAACCAGAAAUCUGUCAGAGCAGCAAACACGUUGAGAGCGGUGAUGUCACGGACGUUUUACCGGAAACGGCCCUAAACUCCUCUCACCUGGAGACCGGUGAUGAAAAAUGUUUCUCAGAAUCAUUAAACUCCUGUGACUCCUCUGACUGUGUGGAGCCUAAGGUGGAGGUCGGCCUGCAGAGUGACACCGCUGACUGUUCACCUCCAACAGGAGAUUCAUCAGAUGGAGCUCAUGAGAUAAAGAUACACAUGUUACAGGAGGAGGCGCCGGAUAACUCAGCUCCUGAGGCUUUGGCCCAGGGCGCCGAGGUCGAUACCGACAUCUGUGACGACUCCUACGUGGUCCCUAGAGGCUCCAGCUGUCCGGGUGACCAGGCCUCAGUUUUGGACUUCCAGCAGGACCACGCCGAGAUCUCCGUGGACCCGGAUCAGAUCGAUGCUUACGCCUCAACUCCGUCCUACGUGAUCCACUAUCUCGGUCAAGAGCCGUCGGUGGCGGCUGAGGAGGGAGAGAGGGAGGGAGGGAUGAGGGAGAUGGUGUCCGAGCUGCUGGGAGAGGAGGCGGACUCCUCCGUCUGUAGACUCUACCCCCACCCCUGGAUCAAGCUGGGUCUGGAGGAGACCUGCGGGCUCUGGGCCCAGGGCGCUUCAGACACCGAACCCAUCCGGGGCGAGAGCAUGCUGGACGCCGGCGCGGAUCAGAUCCCGGCCCUGGUCUCAGAGCUGCAGCCGUCCAUGGCUCUGCUGGGAGCGUACCCCUUCAGCACAGUGAUGCCUCAGGGACGCUGUGUGUGGGACUGGCACACAGACUGCAACCAGUCUGGUCCCGUUGUCGCCCCGAGCCUUAACCCUGAUGCUGAGGCAUGGACCAAUCACGGCUUUAACUUGGACGUUGCCGGCCCCGCCUACCUCCAGCCUCAGCAGCCAUGGAUGCAGUUCCCCAACGUUCUGACCGAUCAGGAAGAUGCUGCCGGGGUGAUUUUAGGAUACGAGCCGGAGUUCCAGCUGGAGAACGUGGGUCUGUCUGAGGCUGUGGUGGAUCCGGGAACACUAGAGUACCAGACGCUGCCUGCUGAAGCUCCUCUAGUUAAUGGAGAGACCGCUGAACCACCUGUCACAGAUGAGAGCAUAGAGGAGCUGAGGUCCGUUCUGGAGUCCUGCCUGACCAGGCAGCACCUUGGCAACGACCUGUACCUAAACUCCCAGAUGGACAGCGACCAGUACGUUCCCAUAGCAACCCUGGCCAGCCUCGACAAGAUCAAGAGUCUCAGCACGGACCUGGACCUCAUCUCAGACAUCUUGAAAUCUCUGCCGCUGGUCCAGGUGGCUCCAUGUGGACAGAAGGUCCGACCCAGCCAGAGUCGCUGUGUGGUCAUCCUGAGAGAGAUCCCCAACACCACACCUCCAGAGGAGGUGGAGGCUCUCUUUGACGGGGAGAACCUGCCAAAGUUCCUGAGCUGUGAGUUUGUGAGCAACGAUAACUGGUUCGUCACUUUUGAAUCAGAAACCGACGCUCAACAGGCCUACAAGUACCUCAGAGAAGACGUCCGGGAGUUUAAGGGGAAGCCCAUCAUGGUGAGGAUAAAGGCCAAAACCAUGGCAGUCACUUCCUUCGCUCCAAAAAACGGAUACGGACCCCCCCAGCUGGACCAGUGCAGCGGUCAUUACGGAUCCUACUACCCCCGGCCCCUACCAGCAGCCCUGCCCCCCAGCAGCUGUACGACCUCACCAACGAGGUGUGGGCUUCGGCUGCGACGGGAUUCCAGGACUGUGCCGAGCAUCAAACGAUGAUGAACGACUACAUGAACGGAUACUUCAAACCCUACAACCCUCACAGGCCCAGGAGAGGCUCGAGGUGGUCGAGCUCUGGAGACCGCUGGCAGUCCAAUCAGAACGAUUCCUCGCUCCCGUCAGAGCGAACGCCAGCGGAGCGCUCCUCUUCUCCGACCAAGCCGGGCCGAGGUCGCUCACGGGGAAACGCACGCCGUCAGAGCAGAGGAGGAAGGAUGCCCACCUCGGACCGAGGAAGGAGAGGAACCUUCAGCCAGAGGAGGAGAGACAACCCGCGGUCCUGGGACAGAAACGCCGGCAAUGAGUCACUUCCCUGCCAGCCGUCUCCUCCCCCGAGCUCGGCCUCACCAGCUUCCCUCCUCUGCCUCCAGCAAACGCCGCCAUGGCAACG